AUGGCAACUACCGGGCCCCACCAUUCGCCUAAUCUCAAAGCGUCAACCAAGGCGGAGCACUCUUCAGGUCCAACCACCUUGCGGGUUGUUCCCACCACCCAUGAAGCCCCUUUAACCAAUGAAGAAACUGGGGGGAAGGCCAAAAGUAGCAGUCCUAGCAGCGAGUUCGUGGAUGUUAUGCCUGAUGAGAUUCCCGAAGGUCUUCCUCCACUUCGUGGGAUCGAGCAUCAGAUUAAUUUAAUUCCUGAGGCUUCUUCGCCUAAUCGUGCAGUCUAUCGGGUAAGUCCGAAGAAGACUAAGGAACUCCAGCGUCAAGUCACCGAGCUCUUACAGAAGGGCUAUAUACGAGAGGGUUUAAGUCCUUGUGGCAUACUGGUAAUUUUGGUGCCAGAAAAGGAGGGAUUUGUAGUUUCUAGGGAUGGGCUACGUGUGGAUGAGGAAAAGGUCCAUGCUAUCAAGGAGUGGCCUACCCCUACUACAGCGACCAUGGUGCGGUUUUUCUUAGGGUUGGCCAGAUUUUAUAGGGGGUUUGUGAGGGAUUUUAGCUCAAUAGCCGCGCCCCUACAUGAGUUGACAAAGAAGGGCACUACCAUUACUUGGGAGCCGAAGCAUGAGGCGGCCUUCAUGACCCUUAAGGAUCACCUAUGCCAUGCUCCUUUGCUACAGUUAUCGAACUUCAACAAAACCUUUGAGGUUGUGUGCGACGCCUCCAACAUCGGGAUAGGUGGAGUUCUUAUUCAAGAACGCCGCCCCAUGCGGUUUUGGUGUUAUGUUACAGAAUCAGAAAAAUUAAUGCAGUUUUAG